UGACAUUUGUUUCUCGUGUCGUUUUUCUCUCCGCUCUAUCGUAGAGCAAGCGUAAGUGUCGGCAUUUACCUGUCAGGAUACGGAAUAACAUUAGCAGACAAAUAUUAUUUCUCAUUUCGACUAGCAAAUUGCCGAAGAUUAUCUUGGCGGUCCAGCCAUGGGUAUGAGCGGGGCACCGUGGAGUGGAGAGGGGGAUUUAAAUUUCUCUUUGGCCCCAACAGCUUCUUUUGAUUUGAAGUAAACCGUGCACCAGAACACAGCCCCCGCUGUUUCUUCCCCCGUUUAACUGUGAUAAAAGUUGUUGUUCGUCGAUUUUAUAAUAGCAGUCGUUCUUUUUUUACACGAUUGUUGUUUUUGUUUAUAUUUUUUGGGGGAAGUUUUUGGUUUUCCUGGAGAACCGAGGUGGCGAAGUGAAAGCGGCUCACCGAGUCGGGACUGACCACCGGAGUUGGUCCUGAAAAUGGAGGCUGUUAUCGAAAGGGAAUGCAGCGCGCUUGGAGGACUCUUCCAAACUGUUAUCGGAGACAUGAAAAGCAGCUACCCUAUUUGGGAGGACUUUAUCACCAAGGCUGGCAAACUGCAGUCACAGCUCAGGGCAACUGUAGUUGCUGUGGCUGCUUUCCUUGAUGCCUUUCAGAAAGUGGCGGACCUGGCUACCAACUCACGAGGUGGUACCAGAGACAUUGGAUCAGCGUUGACCAGGAUGUGUAUGAGACAUCGCAGCAUAGAGGCUAAACUCAAACAGUUCUCCAUGGCCUUCUUAGAGGGUCUGAUCAACCCUCUACAAGAACAGAUGGAAGAGUGGAAAAGAGGAGUGAACACUUUGGACAAGGACCAUGCUAAAGAGUAUAAAAGAGCCCGGCAGGAAAUAAAGAAGAAGUCUUCAGACACACUGAAGCUUCAGAAGAAAGCAAAGAAAGCUGAUAAUCUAGGUCGUGGUGAUAUCCAACCCCAGCUGGACAGUGCCAUGCAGGAUGUCAGUGAUAAAUACAUUCUGCUGGAAGAGACGGAGAAGCAGGCCCUGAGGAAGGCUCUUAUAGAGGACAGACAGAGAUUCUGCUGUUUUGUAGCCAUGCUACGGCCUGUAGUGGAUGAGGAGAUUUCUAUGCUGGGAGAGGUCACCCAUCUCCAGGCUAUCUCAGAUGACCUUAAAGCCCUGACCUCUGACCCACACAAGCUUCCGCCUGCUAGUGAACAGGUGAUCCUGGACCUGAAGGGCUCAGACUACAGUUGGUCAUAUCAAACGCCACCCUCAUCCCCCAGCACCACCAUGUCCAGGAAAUCUAGCAUGUGCAGUAGUCUGAACAGCGUUAACAGUAGUGACUCCAGGGGAUCCAGUGGCUCUCACUCUCAUUCUCCUUCCUCCUCUUCUUCCUCCUCUUCUUCACACCACCUCCUCCACCACCAUCACGCCCGCCAUCGGUACCGUAGCUCCACACUACCCCAGCAGGCCCCAGCUCGGCUCUCUAGCAUCUCCUCCCACGACUCGGGCUUCAUUUCUUCAUCACACGACCAAUACACAUCGUCCAAAUCAUCCUCGCCCAUGCCAGCUGAAACAAAGCCGUGUCCUAGUUCCUCGUCCUCUGAGGUGUCAGAGAUUGGGCAGCUUCACAGUUACUGCAACUCCCCCUCUCCUCUAGCUGCUGCUACUGCACCUCAGCACGCUACUGACAAGCUAUCCAAUGGUUUUGACCACUACAGUCCGGGCAGUUCCUCUUACCUGCAUAGCAACGGAGGAAGUUUGGGCUCAGGGUCAGGCACUGCCUUCCCUUUCUUCCCUGCUUCCUCCUCAUCUUCCACCUCCUCCUCCAGUCCCACCCGUUCAUGGUCACGUCCCGCAUCAGCCUUGCUUCCCGACUACCCCCCCUACUGCACGUUGGGCCCUAUGGUGCCUUCAUCACGAGUCCCCAGCUGGAAGGACUGGGCUAAACCAGGCCCCUAUGACCAGCCUAUGGUCAACACACUGAGGAGGAAGAAAGACAAGGAGAACCCAGCUGUAGUAGACACUAAUGGCAAUUUGACUCAUGACGGCGGCCCGGCCUCGAUGACAACCUCAGUGCCAGCGCCAGCUGCACUUCAAACAUCAGCCUCAGUGGAGGAGAAGAACAGGACUGUGGCUACACCUCUAAAGGCUGGUGAUAUUGAAGCCCAUGAGGAACUGUCUCUGGCCUUAUCCAGAGGUCUGGAGCUGGACACUCAGAGGUCCAGUAGAGACUCCAUCCAGUGUUCCAGUGGCUACAGCACGCAGACCAACACACCUUGCUGCUCUGAAGACACAAUACCUUCACAAGUAUCAGACUAUGACUAUUUCUCAAUGGCUGGAGAUCAGGAGCCUGAGCCGCAGCAGCUCGACUUCGACAAGUCCUCCACCAUUCCCAGAAACAGCGACAUCAGUCAGUCCUACCGACUCAUGUUCCAGAGCAAACGGCCGGCUUCCACAGCCGGCCUGCCCAGCACCCAAGUUCCUUAUCCCGCACAGGGGUCCUACCCUGCAGGGCCCUAUCCCCCCUAUCCCUCCACGCCUAUCCACACUGCAGCUUAUCCUCCUACCCCCACAGGCUCAGGCCAGAGCUUUCACUCUGGAUCCAGCGCCCACAAUCCCUCUGGCUCCUAUUCUACCGGCCACGGUCCAGUUAUCGUCACACCUGGGGUUGCCACAAUCCGCCGCACCCCCUCUUCAAAACCCUCCGCCCGCCGUUCAGGCUCAGUUGUGGGCACAGGUCCCAUACCUAUUCGUACACCUGUCGUCCCAGUAAAAAUCCCUACAGUGCCUGAUAUGUCAGGAGCUGUCAAUGGGAGCAGGAGUGCAGAGGAGAUGGGACGAGGAGGAGGAGGAGGAGGAGGACAAGACAGCCCAGAUUCUCCAACAUUUGAAGGAGGGAGGGAUGCUGACACGCUGCCUAUGGUGUCUUGGAGUGGUCAGGCUACAACCAAUCCUCCUAGUGUACCCCUGCCCAACCAGCAGCACUUUCAGAGUGACGUCGGGCAGGAAGGAGAGGAGGCAGGAGAAGGGGCAGAAGGCAACAUGCUGGUCGCCAUCCGCAAGGGUGUCAAGCUCAAGAGGACCCUCACCAAUGACCGCUCGGCACCACGCAUCGCAUGAUGACAUGGCCGAAGAAACAUACAGGUUCACAGAAGUGAGGCUCCUUCUUCGUUGUAUUUAUAAAUGAGAAGAGAGUCUUCGCCCAUAGAAACGCAAUGUACAGAAUCUAAAGGCUUCUUAUGUUCGUGUUCGACAUGUAGCUGUUUCUCAUUCUGUAAAUUUCCACCUGUGAGAAUUUGUCAUCUAUAAUGAUUCAGAAAAGAAAAAUAUAUAGAAAAAAGAAUAAGGUAAACCCGGUUUGUCAGCAUAUUGGUUUAUUGUGCGAGCCUGGAUGUGUACAAGGACAAGACCUCAUUUCUUGUAUAGGUCUUGGAAUAAAGGUUUUCUUUCUCAGCACUAAAAUGUUUUUGCUGAACACAGUAUGUUUGUUUCUUUAAGAGGACAGUAAAGAUGUGUUUUACAGACAUGUAUCCAGUGUACUUCCUGAAGCAGAGGGUAAGACGAGGACAAUGUGUAUGCUUCCUCUCAGUGUGAAAAGAAAACAACACUGUUUAUUGUAUGUAAACACUCAUUGUUUAGGGAGUAUAUUGUGCCAUCGUGGGAUGAAUAAGCAUUCCAACUGCCAAGCCACUUGGCAGAUGGAGCAUAAUAACCAAUGCAAGUGCUACUCAGCAUCAAGAGAGCGAUAUUCAGGUACGCUGUAUAGUAAUGACUCCAGUGGUCGGCUCUCAGUCGCAACCGAGCGCCAUCUGCUGAACUGUAUUGACUGCUCACUUGGAGGGACGCCCUGAGCAUCAUAACAAGGUGCUGUGCUGUCAAAGCUGUCCUCCGUUCACAGUUCAAACACAAGAAUACGUGAGACGUCCACAGAGCCCACAUUGGCAGGGACAUGACCAGUAAAAAGCAAAUGAUCUGACUUUGUGUUAAAGUUGUAGGAGACUAUGGCCUGACUAAAGUGUCACAUGGUUCGUGCCGUGACAUUAAGAGACAGUACAGGUCACGUGAUGUUUUGUUUCAGUUGUUUUUACAUGAUGUGUAAAAUAAUUUUCGCACGUCUGUUGCUGAGGAGUGUCUUGGUGCUUCUGGCCCUUCACAUCUUUCACUGUAUUUCCUUCUGCUCCUCCACAGUGCCAUGAUCAUUAAGUUUCACAUCUUUGAAUAUAACGAUAAUCAGUCACCAUUGCCUUUGGCUGUGAAUUGGUUUUAUUUUUCACAGCUUUUUGUUUUCCAAUAUGAAUCUCAUUUAUUCUCCAAUAACUACAUGCUGAGUUUUGCAGAACUCCUCAGUGGUUUGUGUCUAUGUAUUAGCCCUUAUAUGUUAGCCCCUUUGUUUUAGUAGCAUUUAGUAGCCACACUGCAACCUGCUGCGCUUCUUUUGCUCAUAACAUUUCUAAUAAAUGACAAAGCACACAUGUGCCAUGUCAAAACACAACAUUAAUUCAAAUUUAUAUGUUAUUAAACAUUUUAUGUAAGUUAAUGAGGAAAAAUAUUUUCUGUUGUUUUGAAAAUACAAAGCUAUAAUUGGUAAUGACCUACUGUUUGUUGUUCUGUCUGGCUGUUGUUAUAAUGAAUUCUUUGAUGUUUUUGAAAAGCAUGUAGCGUGCACACUCAUGUCAUUUUCACAAAUUAAGUUUAACUUCUGUCAUCUCAUGUGACACGUCAGGUACGUACAGAUUUUUGUCACCCUGAAAAUUAGGAAAUCGGAUCUGAAUGUCUUGUAUAAUAUCAAAGCAUGUCACUAUAGGUACAUAGAUUCUGUUUUUAUCUGGACAGUGAGACAUUUUGGAGAUAUGAGGCUUUUCCUCCGACUGCAGCAUUGUAAGACCAUGGGCUUAAAGCCGUUAACAUCCCUGAGUUACAGUCUGUAUUUUAAUUUUAAUUUCAGUUCAAGCACUGUGAGACCAUGGCUACUACAAGGCGUAUGAAACUGUAAAUGUUAUAGAGCUGUACAAGUUAGUCCAGAAACUCACACAUUUUUAAUUUAUUUUCUUUUUUGUCUUUAAAUCUCCUUUUUUUUCCUCAACCCAUCUCUAUUUUUAUACUUACAUGUGAUGUCAGAGUGAUAGUUGUUUCCUCUACCUGUGCAUGUGCUAUCUGUUGAUAUGUUGUUUCAUCAGUGAAAUGUUCAUGACUGUCCUGCUAUGAUUCAUUAUGUCCCUUAUUUCACAUACACAUGCACAAACUGCAUUUUUACAAUCGCGCCAAAAUGUUUUUCUCUUCUUCAGGCUUCCAGUUGAAGUCAGAAACAUGUUUGAAAAUGUUUAAAGAGUUGUAGUUUUAUAAUGGCGAGUCUUGCAUCAGUAUUAUGGGUUCACAUUUUGGGGACAAAUGGCUUGUUGCAUGAUGCACAGCUCACUGCAGCUCCUUUUAUCUCACAGAAAUCUUAUUAGUUAUGAACAAACAGCAUGCCGCCCACAUUGUCUGGCCUAAUCUGAACUGAGUUUUCUCAAAGAUGUCUUAGCAGGGAAAUCCAGUUUAUUUCUGUAUAUUUAACAGGUUGUUAUAUAUAUUUAAGGUAAUAGAAAGCUACCAUAGGAGGGAUGGAAGCAAAAGAAGGGAUGAUUUAACAAAGAUACUCUGUGCGUGAAUCCAGUGUGAACAGGAGGAUGCACAACAAAUCACUUGCACACCAAAUCCCCCUGCAGUUUUUAAGUUUAAUGGAGCAUAGAUAAUAUUACUGCUUUGACACUUUGAGAAACGCAGCAUUCAGUUCUCAAUGUAGUUGUUAAUGUUGGUAAUAUAUAUAUUUUUUUUUUUUGGCCAUCCAUCCGUCUAAAACUUGUAUUAUAGACUUGUAAUUUCCAUAUUUAAAUUGUUAGCAUAAAUAUAUAUUAUAUCAGAGCUGCCAAAUGUCAGUAUAUCCUAUGAAUAAGAAGUUUAUAGUUUGUGAGGGUUUGAAAGUAAGAUUAAACCUGGUCUCUAGUUUUAGUUUUUAGCUUAUCCCCCCUGCCUUCCAAUGAGAGUUGACCUCUCUGUCUGUCCCUGUACAGUUUAACAGGCUAUUAUGCAGUUUGUUCCAGGACGUAAAAGAUUGUUAUUUUUUGUGUAAUGACAGCUUUAGCAAUAUAAUAAAAAAAUAUGUGUAAAAUUUG